AUGGUUUCCGAUGACGAGGUUAUCCCUGCACACAACCACGUCGGAAUAGACAAGAAGCAAAAUGACGACUCAAUAACUAAAGAUCCUAUCAGUGGGAUUGAGAAUGAAUAUGAUUUCGAUACCGAAGAGAAGCAGGUGGUCGGCGAGCAGCGCCAAUUGCCUGACUUGCAGCGCAGGCUUCGUAGCCGCCAUUUGCAGAUGAUCGCCAUAGGCGGCACAAUUGGAACGGGUCUCUUCAUUGGAAGUGGAACAGCAAUUUCAUAUGCCGGACCUGUCGGAGCACUCAUCGCUUACAUCUUCGUUGGCUCCAUUGUCUUUUCCGUCAUGACAGCACUCGGAGAAGUCGCAACAUUCCUACCUAUUCCUGGAGCAUUUGCCUCUUAUGCUACACGAUUGGUUGAUCCAAGUCUGGGAUUCGCGAUGGGUUGGAUUUAUUGGUUCUCCUGGGCGUCGACCUUUGCGCUCGAAUUGACAGCGACAGGGUUGAUUAUAAACUAUUGGAAUGAUACCAUUCCAAUCGCCAUCUUCAUCGCAGUUUUCUUAGUGGUGAUCAUCCUGUUGAAUCUUCUCCCUGUCAGCUUUUACGGCGAGACCGAAUUCUGGCUAUCGAGCAUCAAAGUUUUGACCGUGAUUGGGUUCAUGAUUUUCGCCAUCUGCAUGAACGCAGGAGUCGGCAAAGAAGGAUAUAUUGGCUUUCGCUACUGGGUAGACCCAGGACCGUUCAACAGAUACCUCAUUGAAGACAAGCCCGCGCUAGCCAAAUUUCUCGGCUUCUGGGCUGUCUUGAUUAAAGCUGGAUUCUCAUAUCAAGGCACAGAGUUGGUUGGUAUUGCUGCCGGUGAGACGCAAAAUCCGCGCAAAACCAUCCCUUCCGCUAUCCGAAAAGCGUUUUUCCGAAUUAUAUUCUUCUUCAUCUUUACCAUAUUUUUCAUUGGAAUCGUUGUCCCAUCAACUGAUGAUCGCCUCACUGCAAGCGAAGGCAGUGGAGCCAGUGCCAACAACGCGAAUGCCUCGCCUUUUGUUAUCGCUGCCAAGCGCGCCGGUGUGAAUGUGUUGCCAUCGAUUAUCAACGCAGUCCUGCUCACUGUGGUUUUGUCCGCGGCCAACUCAAAUGUCUACAGCGGAAGCAGAAUUCUAGUUGGCCUCGCACAUGAGGGCUUCGCACCCAAGCUGUUCGUGAAAACCACCAAAUGGGGCGUCCCCUACUGGAGUGUGCUGUUCACAUCACUCUUUGGCUUGUUGGGCUUCUUGAACCUAUCCAAUUCCGGAAGCACCGUAUUCGAAUGGCUAAUGCAGAUCGCCGGCCUGGCUGGAUUCAUCACCUGGACCUCACUCAACAUUUGCCAUCUAGCAUUCAUGCGCGCAUUGGAAGCUCAAGGAAUCUCGCGUGACAUUUUACCAUACAAAGCUCUCUUCCAACCAUAUUUUUCAUACUAUGGGCUAUUUUUCAAUGCCUUGAUAAUCAUUACGCAGGGAUUCACGGCCUUUGUGCCGAGCUUCAGUGUCACCGACUUCUUCAUUGACUAUCUCAGUCUCAUCCUUUUCACUCUGCUUUAUGUGGGACACAAGAUUAUUGUCCGCCCGGCCUUCGUGAAGCCGAUUGAGGCUGAUAUCCAUACCGGUCGCGUUGACCUUGAUUGA